CCGGGGGGGGAUCAGCUGCCUGCUCAUAACAGCGGCGCCGCGCCGGGCGGCGGCAGCAGCGGUGGCUCUGCGCGGUGCGGGGGGGCGUCCGCGCUGUCCCGCCCCGGCUCCCCGGACCCCCCCGGCGCCCCCCGGCCCGCGUUCGCCGGUUGCACCGCGCUCCGCAGCCCGGACGUGGCGGCCGCGCAGCGCCCGGCCCGCGGCACCCGGCCGCGCUUUGAGCCUUGCGGCUCGUUUCCCUUUUAUUAUUCUUAUUAAUAUUUUUAAUUUUAUUGUUGUUAUCCCCCGCCGGGACCCGGAUCUCGCCGGGGGGCUCGGCGACCUGCCCCGUCGCUCCCUCCAGCCCCGAGGAGAGCGGCAUGGGGCGAAGCAGCCCGGCGCCCCCCAGGCUUCGCCUCGCCGGCGGCUUUUGCGAGCCGUAACCCCCCCGCCCCCGUCCCCGGCCAACUUCUGUGUUCCCCCCCGCGGCCGCAGCCUCCCCGCUUGCGAAACCCGGGGGCGCGGCGGGGCCGGGGCCAUGGGGCCGGCGUGGGCGCUGAGCGCGGCCUGGGCGCUGAGCGCGGCCGGGGCGCUGGGCCGGGGCGCCGCGGCGCUCGGAGGCGGCGGCGGGCCGGGGCGAGCGGGCAGCGCGGCGCUGCCGGACGCGGCGGCCGCCCUGGGCCGCGGGAAGGCCGUGGACUGCUGGGAGGUGCGGAAACGCAACAGCUCCGAGUGGUGCCGCUUCGUCCAGACCAACCCCGACUGCCAGCUGGAGGGCGGCUUCCUCGACUACCUCAACGGCAUCUUCUGCGUCUUCCCCGCGCGCCUGCUGCCGCUGGCCGUCACCCUCUACGCUUGCUGGCUCUUGUACCUCUUCAUCAUCCUCGGCGUGACGGCGGAGAAGUUCUUCUGCCCCAACUUGUCGGCCAUCUCCACCAACCUGAAGCUGUCUCACAACGUGGCAGGUGUCACCUUCCUGGCAUUCGGCAAUGGGGCUCCAGAUGUCUUCAGUGCAGUGGUGGCCUUCUCUGACCCGCGGACAGCGGGGCUGGCCAUCGGCGCCGUCUUCGGUGCCGGCGUGUUUGUGACCACGGUGGUGGCCGGGGGCAUCGCCCUGGUGAAGCCCUUCACGGCUGCAUCCAGGCCCUUCCUCAGGGACGUCAUCUUCUACAUGGUGGCCGUCUUCCUCACCUUCAUGGUGCUCUACUUCGGCAGGAUCACGCUGGGAGAGGCCCUGGGUUACCUGGGACUCUACAUCUUCUACGUCUUCACCGUGGUGCUCUGCACCUGGAUCCACCGGCGGCAGCGCGGGGACGGGCUGGCCCCCCCCGGGCCCUGGGAGCCAGAGCUGCUGACGGACACUGAAGACCGGGAGUCCUUGGGCACCAGCAGCGGCGACUACGGCGAGGAGUAUCGGCCCCUGCUCCCCUACCAGGAGACCUCGCUGCACAUCCUGGCCGCGGCCCUCAGCCCCGUGGACUACCGCAAGUGGAGGAGGAAGCCCUGCUACUGGCGGCUCUUCAAGGUGCUCAAGGUCCCUGUGGAGCUGCUGCUGCUGCUCACGGUGCCCGUCGUGGACCCCGACAAGGAGGACCUGAACUGGAAGAGGCCCCUCAACUGCCUGCACGUGGUCACCAGCCCCCUGCUCUGCAUCCUCACCCUGAAGUCGGGCGCCUACGGGCUCUACCAGAUCCAGGGCGUCUUCCCUGUCUGGGCUCUGGUCGUGCUGGUCGGCGCCGUCGCGGCAGUCCUCGUCUUCAGCACCACGAGCAACGAGGAGCCCCCCAAGUACCACUGCGUAUUUGCCUUCCUGGGGUUCUUGGCCAGCGCCAUGUGGAUCAAUGCGGCGGCCACGGAGCUGGUGAACAUCCUCCGCACCCUGGGCAUCAUCUUCCAGCUGAGCAACACUGUGCUGGGCCUGACGCUGCUGGCGUGGGGCAACAGCAUCGGCGACACCUUCUCCGACCUGACCAUGGCGCGGCAGGGCUAUCCCCGCAUGGCCUUCUCCGCCUGCUUCGGCGGCAUCAUCUUCAACAUCCUGGUCGGCGUGGGACUCGGCUGCCUGCUGCAGAUGACCGGCAGCCAGAUGGUGGUGAAGCUGGAGCCCGACAGCCUCCUGGUGUGGAUCCUGGCCGGGGCCCUGGGCUUGAGCUUGGUCUUCUCCUUCGUGGCGGUGCCGGCGCAGUGCUUCCAGCUGGGCAAGGCCUACGGCGUCUGCCUCCUCCUCUACUACCUGGCCUUCCUCUGCGUGGCCCUGCUGACCGAGUUCAGGGUGAUCCGCCUGGCCGCCCCCUGACGCGGUGCGGAGAGGGGCCGGGGCCGCCCCACGGCAGCAGCCCCACGGCGGGAGCCCCCGGGCAGCGACGGUUUCCAGGGCAUCGUUUUUGGCUGGGGAAAGGAAGAGGAGGCACUGGCACUAGCUGUGUCCUCUCCCCCAUCUUCAAGUUCGUUAAAUGACGUUAAGAUCGCGGCUUCCUUGCAUCGAGGCGGCGAAGGGGAGCUGCAGCCAGGACCGGCCCCGGGGAAGGUCCUACCUCUCCCCCCGCGGCACCUGCCCUGCUGCGUCUUCAGCCUGGUUCCUCGGGGCCGGGACCGGCGCUGGGAGUCACGCUGCCGGGGGCGACGCGGUGGAGGUCGGCGUGCAAUUUUGGGACAGCCUCUCCUGCAAAGGUCACUACGUGCCCAGACUGUGGGCUGAAAUAGCAGCCGAGGCGAAGCGAGGUGGGGUGACCAUGAAGAAAAGCUCCAGGGCAGCGCUAGGUUUUAAUGCAAGCCAAGUUCGAGGAAGAAAAAAAGAAAAAAAGAAAGGAGCCUGGUUUCUCCUGCGUUUUUUAUGCUACUUUUUUUUUUUUUUCAACCUGACCUUAAGAACAUAUUUUUCUUCUCCUCUUAGGGCGGACAGAGCUGUAGCAAAUGACUUGGUACUCAGAGAUUUCCACACGCAGACUGUUACCCUCUGGGCAGAGCUAGGUUUAGACACUGUAUGGGGAAAAAACCUCAAUAAACACACCCCCCCCCCCCAAAACACCUCCCUUAGCAGCUCUGUGCUAGCUGCCAGCGGGGCCUUUUGCACGGUUUUGCUUAGCCACUUCCUGCCGCGAGCGAGCGCGGUGCAACCGGCCUCCGCUGAAGUGGCUCUUCGCUAAACGGCAGCAGGAGCGGGAAGCGCGUUGGCGCGGCGGGAGCGGAGCCAGCAGCCGCCGGAGGCAGGCGGAGGGGCCGCGGCACGCCGGUGCGCAGGGUUAGAGCCUCGGCGGUGCAGGGAAGCGUUUUCUCUGUUUACCAGCAGCCGAUUUCCCAAGCGCGGUCACACGCCCCCGGCUUUGCUGCGCGGCCUCUUGGCUCGGCACGGGGCCGGAGCAGACGCCCUUGUUCAGCGCCUGCACGGCACGAGGGUUUUGCAAGGACACGACUGCCAGAGCUGGCCUCUCGCAGCUGAGGGAGGCAGCAGGCUCCCAGGCCUCCCUUCCCCACUGGGCCUGGAUCAUUUCUCCUUUUUCCACCCACAUGAGCAUUGCCACAACCGUCGGAGCUCUCCGCGCCUGCCCUGAACCUGCUCAGAAGCCCCCACCAGCUUGUGGAGCAAUGCAGGAGAAGUGGCACGCGCGCAAGCCCCCCUGAACUGGCUGGCUGAAACCACCCAAACAGCGGCCACCAUCCAAGCACAGCCGUAAGGGGCCAAAAUUAGCUCAGGAGCCCACAGCCCCCUUUCAACCUUUGAUGUAGCACUGGAGCAGGCUUUAAAAACCACAAGUUUAAAAGCAUUAUCUUAAUGCUGAGGGAGCCGGGCUGUAAGGCAGCAGCAUCUAAGAGCAAGAAUUCAGGGCAGAUGUUUGUGCCGCACGUGUAAAACACGCCCCGGCAAGCAGUGGCCGCUGGAGCGGGAGGGCAGGCGCGACUCUUCCCCCACGAUGUGGCAAUCCUCCAACGGCCAGUGUGCCCCGCUUCCGCGCCCCGCACCGCAAGGAGGGAGGGAAGCCGCUGCCUUUACAAAGCCGAGGAUGCUUUUUAUUAGUGUGCUUGAAAAAAAUCUAGAGAACAUUUUACAGACGCGUCCAUAAAAUCGUUUUAUAAACGAAACGCCAGCGUACAAAA